ACCCCAAGAGCAGCUCUCCUUGGUAACUUUGCAUAACUAUCAGCUUGUAUUAAACAUCUGGUUCUUGCAGAGGGGGGCUUCAGCUAUCGUUCACGUGCUUGGCUUGCUACAAUGAUUGCUUCUAAGAUUUAUCUUCCAGAUGGCAAAGUUGUGGUGGUGAAGUUCACCUGUCUCAACUGCUUGCACGGCCACCGUGGGUCCUGUUGCAGUCAUCAUGAAAAGUUCUUGCAAACCACAGCUACUGAUAACCCAGACGACAUGUUCUUUCUUGUUAGACCCCAGGGCCAGAAGAAGAACAGGUGUCUCGCGUAUCUUGUAUUACAAGUUGUUCCAUUGCUUGGUCCUUUCCAAAUCGAUGCGAAGAACACUCCAAGGUGUCCAAUAACCAGUGAAUUCAAAUUUAGAUGCAAGGCUGAUUGCUGUAAGAAGCUGGGUUCCAAGGACUUAUAUGUCCAGGGCUUUGUUGAUCUCCUAAUUCGCCAUACGGAGUUCAACAUGGCCUAUGUCUCAGGCUUUGACCCAAUCCCUUUGACCGGCUCUGUUGAAGCCAGGGCUGCUUUCAGGGCUUCUCAUAUGAGGUAUUUCCCUCAUAUCUACGAGGGAUGGACCUUUGAAGAUAUGCACAAGAGAGACAACGCAAGAGCUGGCUCUGAAUUUAUCACCAAGGCCAUCUGCGAGCAAUGGGGGUUUGAUGCAGUUGCUGCAACGAGAAAACAGAAGGGUAAAACUGUCACCUCGUUCUCUAAGGCCAUCAAGGGUAGAACCCAUAUUGGGUCUUACUCUGUUGUUAAGGAUGGCUAUACCAAAGGCUCAUACUUGUCUGAGCAAAGCCAUAUCGGCAAACGCAUGAGGCUGGAGAAUGUUAAACUUCCCCCUAGACCCGUGAGAACCAGUGAUCUACUUGCUCAUGAUUGUGGUGUUGUAACUGCAAAGGAUCAGCAGUCAAGCAGUCCAGGUAUCAUACCGCAUGAACCACAAGCUCCUGGUGAAGCCAAUGAAGAUCAAGCGGAAAACACACCAAUUCUACCGCAGGUUAUCAGCUCAAAUGAAGCUUUCAUAUCACAGGAUACAUAUACAAUGGAGCUAGUUGGGCAGGCUGGUAUGGGCAUUGGUUCGUUUCUUCAUGAUCCAAUAUUUGACCAUCAAACUGUCCAUCCAGAAUCACAUACCCUUAAUGAGUCUAAGAAUCAGCUCGACUUGGGUUCUUUAGAUCAAUUUACAUACUGUGCACAAGGUCAGUACGUGUGUGAUCUUGAAGAUAGUGAAGAUGUUCUUCAAAAUGGACAACCUUCAGAGCCUGGACAACCUGUUUAUGAUGUGAUGGAGAUGAUGGAUUCAUUCCAAAAUCCAAAUAAUGGCAUGAGCUCCAACCCUCAAAUUCCAUGCGAGUCAUUGGGUGAAGUUGAAGCACCGCUUCUGGCCACUGAUGAAGAGGCUGAUGAUGGCGAGAAAGAUAUACCGAUGCCAGAUGCUCUUACUCGGAUGUUUAAAACCCAGUCAAUCCAUGACCUUGACCGUUUGUUUGGAAAUGACCUGGAAAACGAGGAUUUUGCACAGGAGGAGUUCAAUUCUUGGUUACAAAGCAGGGAAUCUGAAAACGGGCAAUCCAAUGGUGGUUUGAGUUAUGAUUCCACAACCCUGGACAGUGGUGAUGCCGGUAAUGACGCUUCUCAUGAAGGUGACUUCAUCAGGGAUACUUUCAACGACGAUAUCUGAUUGAAAAUCAAUGCACACAGUUUUUAUGACCAGUGAUUAGUUGUUCGUAGAGUACCGAGUGGCUCGUGUGAAUUGGUGUUGGGAUUCGAUGUUAUUGUUGUCUCGGUUGGCCAGUGCUGAAACGCCGGUGAUGGUGUUCAGUG